AUGGCCUUACAGGCACUUCAAUUAGAGAGUACAUCUACUAAUAAGGAAGAGGAGGUUAUUGAUUUGGAUGAUGAUGAUAAGGAGGCACGGUUAAAGGAGGAGUUGUCAUUGGUGACCAUCAUCCUAAUAGAAGAGGAUAAGGAAGGUGGUGUUGAGGUCCCUACUACUGGGGAUUGUCCAAUAUGUAUGGAUAAUAACAUCCCUAUUGAGGAUGGUAUGAGGUACAUCCUAGUCGAUUCAUCUGCAGCAACAACACCUGCAGCAGCAGCAGUAGCUGAUGAUGAUGAUGACAAUGGUACAGCAUUGUGGCAGAAGUUCCUGGAGUUUAGAUUCAAGCAUGUGUAUCAAGCAGAUCAUCUUGAUGGUCAUUUCAUUGUAUGCCCUCAUCCUGGUUGUGACUACGGAUUUGAAGUUGACGAUAAACAGGCCAUGGAUCCAUCUUGUCAAUGUCGUGGUUGUGGUAAAGAGUUCUGCCCUAAAUGCUACCAUCUCAAGGGGCAUAUAGGCCAAUCGUGUGAAGCAGUAGCAGCUGGACAGAAGGAGGAGGAGACAACUAAUGCCUUGGCUCGGGAGAAUAAUUGGAAGAGGCUGAUCUACGGAAGAAUACUGCACCAGCAGCACAACAACAACAACGGCAACAACAACGGCAACAACAACAACAACAACAACAACAACAACAACAACAACAACGGCAACAACAGCGACAACAGCAACGGCAACAACAGCGACAACAGCAACGGCAACAACAACAACAACGGCAACAACAACGGCAAGAACAACAACCACGGCAACAACAACAACCACGGCAACAACAGCAACUAG